AUGAUUUGUGAAGCGCGAGCACCAGUCUUUGAGCCAACCUUCAAGAAUUCGAGAAUGCAGCCAAGUGGUGGGCCCCAGCAGCAGCACUACGACUACGAAUACAGCGCCCAGUACAGCCAGCAGCAGCAGCAGCAGCCCGAGCGCCCCGCCAUCCCGAGCAUGCGGCCGACGCUCGAAGCCCCCGCCUACUACCACCCGUCGCCGCUGCCGCAGCAGUUCACGCCGCAGCAGACGUACUACCAGCCGAGCCGCACGCCAGUCGCCAUCUCCCAGUUCCCGUACGCCGAGUCCCCGCCCGAGCACAAGCCCAUCGCGGCCUACCAGCAGCAACAGCAGCACUCAGACUACCGCAUUCAGGCCGCCCACGAGACUCGUUCCGAGCCCGUCAUGCCCAUGGAGCGCAUGUGCGAUGUCUGUCAGUAUCCCGACCCUGUCCUCGUAGCCCCUAACUGUAAUCACACCUUCCACUCGCGCUGCGUUCACGUGUGGCCGCUGGACGCCUGCCCGGCCUGCGCGGCGCCCAUGGACCAGGUAGCCAUCUUGCCGAGUGUCAACAUGAUGGUCCGACCCGAGCCCCGCAGCGGCAAAUGGACGCGGCCCGAGGAGAAAUUUAUCGACGGGAUCCUGUGCGAGUUCGACCGCCAGGCCCUGCCCCUGGCUCACGGCACGCCGAUCCGCCUGGUGCUCGCUAAGAUGCUCAACUGCUCGACCAUGAGGCUCUCCAAGAAGUUCCAGAAAAACGCGCUCGGCAAGCGGACAUUCCGCGUGACCAAGCCCGGCAAGGGGGAGAAGGCACUGCAGUUCGAUCAGAUGGACCACGCGCGCAGGCAGCGCGAGCUGUCGCAGCUGGAGCAGGUCUUCCGACAGGAGCUCGUGGACCAGUUCCGACGCGAGAACAACACGGACGAAGGCGCGCUCGUCGAAACGCAGAACCUGCGCCUAGCAGUGCAGCAGUUCUGGGUGAGCAACUUUCUGAAGUUCGCGGUGCUCAUUGGGCAGCCCGUGAUGGGGCUCGACGUCUCAGACGCCAAGAAGCGCAAGCGCGCGAUGCAGCUACUGCGCAACGGACAGUUCGACGAGCUGCUGGCGUGGAACCACCACCCGUCGCCGGCCAACACGGCCAGCGUGACUCCGAUGCCGCCCAGCACUGCGGUCUCGUCCUGGAGCGCUGGCGCUGCGGUGUACUCGUCCUCCGUGUUGGGGCAAAACCAGCACGACAAUGGACCGUCUAUUCCAGCUUUACUGCAGCAGGUCCAACCGGAGCAGGCAUUGCGUCCUGUCAAGAAGAUGCGCACGCCCGAGGCGAACGUGGAGGUCAGUCGCUUUGGAUUGCACCCGAUGGACCAAUCUCAGUACCCACAAUACGGACGCCUCUCGCCGCCAGCGUCAUCAGGUCCCGGAUUCGAUUACAGCCAGCAGCAGCAGCAACAAUAUCAGCCCGAGCCGUUCGUGCGUCCUUCGAGCCUGUCGCCGUUCUCGGACGUCAGGUCGGACAAGAGCAUGGGAUUCGCCAACGUGUUGCAACAUCAGCAGCAGCAGCAGCAGCAACAACAACAACAGCAAAUGCUGCCAGGUCUCACCUCCCACGACGAGCAGAGGGGUGGAUUUACCCCGUCAGCCUAUCCACGAGCCGGAGAUGCUUAUCACGGCAGCAGCACGGCCCAGGCGGCGCCGUGGGAUGAUUUGUUGGAGAACAUGUCUGCUUCCGAGGCAAAUGCUAGCGCCGGCUCGCAGGUCGCGGCCACCAGCCAAGCUCAGAGCGGCGACUCGAAUAUGCAGAACUGGUCAAACAUGCACAUCAUUGAGCGACGCGAAAGAAAGCGCCGUGGUAGUUAG